AUGACUUCAGGUAAUGAGCAAACCCCUCCUAACGGAGAUAGGGAUCUAAAUCAGAUGAUAGGUGAAAUGAUGAGAUCUAGAAUUGCUCGUGCAUCCACCUCCGGAAACUCAAUAGAUAAUAAUGCAUUGAUGGAUCUGCUGCAAGCGAUAACAUCUGUAGUCACCAGACAACAAGAUCAAAUUGAUCGUAAUUGGACGAAUGGUCAAAAUGAGGAGCACUCAAAAUUAAGAAGUGGCAUGGGAGAAUUUAAGAAACUAUCUCCACCCAGUUUUGAGGGAACAACUGAUCCUAUGAUUGCUGAGCACUGGAUCACAGAAAUGGAAAAGGUCUUCACAUACAUGAGAUGCCCUGAAGAGGAGAAGGUUGAUUAUGCAGUAUACAUGUUAAAAGACCGCGCUUACGGGUGGUGGCAAAUGCAGGUCAAGACGUUGGGUGACAAGACAGUAGCUGAAUAUGAAGAAGAGUUCACUUAUUUAUCAAAAUUUAUCACUUACUUGUUGGGUAAGGAGGAGGAUCGAGCACGUCGCUUUGAAGAAGGGCUUCGAUCGGACAUUCGGAAGGCGGUCAGUGCAUUUGAACUCCCUACAUAUGGAGAAGUAUUAAAGAAGGCCUUGUUAAUUGAGAAAAAUGAAAUUGAUACAAAACCAAAGAAUGAGACGAGCAGCUCCUACCCAAAGAAGCGGUUCUGGCAAGAUAAUCACAGUAGAAGAAAUAAAAACUGGAGAAACAAAAGGCAGAAUUUUGGACGCAGAGAGGAGCAAAUUCCUAACCAAAAAACCUUGAGAUGUGAUGUUUGUCAUAAACUUGGGCAUGAAGCGAAAAACUAUUGGAGAAAUACUGGAGCUUGUCUGAGAUGUGGUCAGAAAGAUCACAAAAUAGCAAAUUGUCCCCUACAGCAACCAUCUCGAAAUACCUUCCAGACUGGCCAGUCUAGUGGUGGGUAUCCUCAAGCCAAGGCCUGA